GAAGAGGCAUAUCCCCUAAAGGUAGAGAGGAACAGCUAGAUAAGAGCUGUGACAGCAGUAAAGCUUGGGAAUGGGAACAAAAAAUUGGCAGCCUUCGGGAAUCGGUAUUGGGCAACUAGAGAUUUCUUUACUUGACUUUCCUCCUAUGUAAGUACGCCUUUUAUUAACCUUCUUGGUCGUCUUGGUACAAUAUUCGACUAACAAUUAUCAGAAAACCUAUAGAAAACCAUGCAUCCAUAGAGCAAGGACAUGUUGGGUACCUAGAUUACCGAGAGAUCUAUUCGUGCAAGUGUUUCUGUUUCUUAGCAUAGAUAGAUCCUCCAGUGCAUUAUCAACGAGAUUCCGUGCACUGCGUAUACUCUACGACAUAACUCGACCUGAGAUGGAGCGAUCUUUUACUAAAACCACCAGCUGAUGCACCUCCAUGACAAUAAAGACAUUGGUACGGCAACAAUUGCUACAAGGGAGAUAAUUGCCAUGAUAGAUCCCCCAAACCACCAAUUACCGCUCUCCCUACCCGCGUCAUGAUGCUGAACAGUACUAUUCUCAUUGCCCGUAUUCUGACUACGGUUCCCACCCCCAUAUUGACUUGUAUUAUUGUUGUCUCCGCGAUUCCAUGCUUCGUUCUCGUACCGAGGCUCGCCCUGCUAGUAUUAUUCGUCAGAGUUGUGAGUCUUAUUGGGCUUCUUGCUUACCUUCAACGGAUAAUAGUUCCGUUGGUGGAGUCCUUCGGGGCCCGUCAAUAAGCCUUCGUGGGGAUUAUUGCCGAGUAUCUUAGGUUGCAUCGUUACUAAGCUGCGUGGAGGAAUAGGUGGCUCUCGAUCCCAUGCCCUAUCUUCACUUUGGACAUUCUCCAUAAGUGUAUGUGUGCCGGGGCUGUGUGCGUUUAGAGACUAAUGAGUGAAUGAGCAAUCGCAACUCACUGGCAAAUUCUACAACAGAGCGACUUUGAACGUGUCUAUAUUGAGUAGGUUGAAAGGCAAAAUCAAUCGUAAAGCUUUUCCACUCGUCCCUGGUGCCCCUUUAAACUCCUCCACGUGGGCUUGGACAGGCAGGCUCGCUGUGCUACGACAAAACCA